GUCUGUUAACUCUGGGAGCACAAAGUUCUCAUAUGCCUAAUCGGAACCCGUGACUCCCUCGGUCCCAGAGACCAUCUCCCCGAUCCCGCUCUCCCUCAGCUAGAGGGGUUCCAUCUGGGCCGAUGGAGCAGAGCGGCAGCCACAUGGAAGACUUCACCGUCAACGUGGCUUCCGUCACGCUGGGCUCCCCCGGCCCCGCCGACGUCCAGGUGUCGGACGACGACAAGGCCGGGGCCACCUUACUCUUCUCCGGCGUCUUCCUGGGGCUGGUGGGGAUCACGUUCACAGCCAUGGGCUGGAUCAAGUACCAGGGUGUGUCGCACUUUGAGUGGACCCAGCUGCUGGGGCCCAUCCUGCUCUCCGUGGGAGUGACCUUCGUUCUGAUCGCCGUCUGCAAGUUCAACAUGCUGCUGUGCCAGUCCCGCCCGGACAGGGAGGAGAGGCUGGGCGAGGCGGAUCCGACGCCUGGGGGGCCGGCCUUUGUCUUCACCGGGAUCAACCAGCCCAUCACCUUCCACGGGGCCACCGUUGUGCAGUACAUCCCCCCUCCUUACGCCCCCACAGCGGCCGCCCGCCACCUGCCCCUGGGGCCCCUGGCCACCCCCGGAGCGCCAGCACCCGCCCCAAGCCCCCCGCAGUACUACGCCAUCUACCCACAGGACAAUGCGGCCUUCGUGGAUGACGACGAGGCCUCGUGGCCUUCCAUGUUGCUGGCUCCUGGCGAUGGCAGGUCCUCCCCAGUGGCUAGCCAGCUCGAGGAGGCCCCGCCGGAGGACAGCUGGACCUAUUGCUACUCCCCUCCCCCGUAUGAGGAAAUCUACACGGUCCCACACAGAGACUGAAAUUGAGGGAGAACCGGGUCCCGGAACUUUUGUUGCACGGACGUGUCUGGGGUCAUACUUCACAGGCUUUGAGGCCGCGGGUCCUCCCAGGGGUUCCGGGGGGCAGGGCGUGCACUAAGCCAGGAAGUUGGGGAGGGAUAGGGAGGCAUUUCCCUUGGGGAGGGAGAGAAGGAUUUUGGUAGGGACCACCGCUCCAGCCCAGGAAGCUCCACUUGAGGGUCCUCAAAUCUCACCAAGGCAUUUCAUCCCACUGCCCCAAAUCUCCCCAAGGCAUGGGGACACAAGCCCUCCCUAACCCAGUUUUCCAGCUGGUUGACAGAGGAGGGUAGAGCCCCCUAGCCGUUUUUUAAUCUUCUCUCUCCUCCAGUGGGGUCAAUCUAGGGUCUCCUUGGCUACCCAGGAGCCCCCUCGAAGGUUUCUAAGUGACUCUCAAGGCUGGGAGCUAAGACCAUCCCCCUACCCAUGAGAACAGCCAGAGUGGGCUGGCCGGAUCAAUAAACUGGACUGAGGAGAGGACACUGGGUGCCCCGGACAGUGAGGAUAUUUUGCUGCUGCUUUUUCCCCUUGGGAUGGUAAAGUGAUGUCAGUGACCCAGGAUACUUAAAGAAAUCACAAUUUAAUGGAAGGAGGACUUUGGAGCUUGCAAGCAACAAGGGAGUCAACUCUCUUCUGAAAUAAAGGUUUCCUAAAACCAA